UACCUUUUUUGCAGGGCUCAGCUUUAACAUGUACACAUGAUCUUUUCCAAGCUCUUGUUCGAACUAAUCUUACCGGCCUUGACUAUCAUUCAUUGUUGAAAAAACUUAUGGAGCCUGUAAUAGCUGAACCCAUUUCUACAGGAGUUUUUCCCAAUAGCGGCCAUGAUCAGCUCCACAAGCAGGCCUAUCAUUCUUUGGCAAAAUGUGUCGCUGCUUUAACUCAGCAGUGUCCUAAUGAAGCAAUACCAUUAGCGACACAACUUUUAGGAGACCUCCAGAAGAGGACAUCAAUCGGCGAUACACAACUCGUAUUUUGCUUGUUAGCAAUAGGAGAAAUUGGGCGUCAUUUUGAUUUAAGCUCAAUUUCUGCACUACCACAAACCAUUAUAGAAUGUUUUAGUGCUGCAUCAGAAGAUGUUAAAGCAGCAGCUAGCCACGCUUUAGGAGCGGUAGCAGUAGGAAGUUUGCAAACAUUUUUGCCGCUCAUAUUAAAUGAAAUUGAAGCUCAACCACGCCGACAAUAUUUGCUUCUGCAUUCGUUAAAAGAAGUAAUUUCUUCACUUUCGGUUACACAAAAUGGACUUUCUCAGUUAUUGCCAUCAGUCCCAUCAAUAUGGGAGCAAUUGUUUAAACAUUGCGAAUGUCCCGAAGAAGGCUCCCGUAAUGUUGUUGCAGAAUGUUUGGGAAAAUUAGUUCUUGUGAGUCCAGAAGAACUUUUACCACGACUGCAAGAUGCUCUACAAUCCGAAAGUCCUCUUAUGCGCACUGUAGUUGUUUCAGCAAUUAAGUUCACCAUAUCUGACCAACCACAAACCAUAGAUGUACUCUUAAAACAAAACAUUGGAAAGUUUCUAUUCUUGCUUCGAGAUCCCGAACCUUCCGUAAGACGAGUUGCAUUGGUUGCAUUUAAUUCUGCAGUUCACAAUAAACCCAGUCUUGUGCGAGAUCUACUUCCAACAUUACUACCAUGGUUAUAUUCUGAAACAAAAGUGAAGAGUGAACUUAUUCGAGAAGUCGAAAUGGGUCCUUUUAAACAUACAGUUGAUGAUGGAUUAGAUAUUCGUAAGGCUGCAUUCGAAUGCAUGUACACAUUGCUCGAACAAGGAUUAGAACGAGUUGAUGUAAUGCAAUUCUUAGAUCACGUACAAGCUGGACUUUGUGAUCAUUAUGACAUUAAAAUGUUGACUUACUUAAUGACCGCUCGUUUAGCCGUAAUUUGUCCCGAUGCAGUUCUACUUCGACUAGAUCAAUUCGUUCAACAAUUGCGUGAUACUUGUACACACAAAGUGAAAGCAAACUCCGUUAAACAGGAGUAUGAGAAACAAGAUGAAUUAAAGCGAUCCGCCUUGAGAGCCGUAUGCGCUUUAUCUAAGAUUCCCAAAGCAGAUAAAAACCAACAAUUGACCGAUUUCCUAAAAUCAAUUAAAGAUUCGCCGGAGUUAAGCAAAAUAUAUGAAUAUGUUCAAAAAGAUACCGUUGCUAACAAUUCGGAAAUUUCAAUGGAUCAGAGCUAAAUUGAAUUAGUUAUCCUUCUAAGUCAACUUUGAAAUAAACAAAAUUCAAAAUGCUAUCUUAAGUUUUUCGACAUAUUAAUAAUUUUGAAUUUGACAUUUUAUUUUCAUUUUUGUCCCUUAAAUUGGUUCUGCUUUAAAUUUAAUUCAAAAUUUCUUCAAUAAUUUUUAUGAAAAGAAAUGUAAUUUUUUCUUUAGAAAUAAAUGUUUAAUUACAAAAAUAAUAAAUAUCAACCAAAAU